UAAUUGGGGGAGGCCAGUACAAUUUUCAAGUUUACAGGGGAGGCAAAUUACAUGACCAAAAAGCAAAAAGGCCGUCAAAACAGCAAAACAGAUAUCAUCGUUAACCAACAAAACUGAAAAUGGCGCUACAAAUCCACUCACCCUCAUCUUCUUCUCUCUUCAAAAAACCUUCUCAUCUUCUCCUUCUCUCAACAUUGACAAAACCCACCAAACUCAAAGUCAUAGCCCAAACCUCUACAAAUAAUCCAACCCCACCGGAGAAAAAACCCUCCACAGUCUCACCUGGUCAAGGGUUUGGCUCGCAAUCAGCAGCAGCAGCUACUACAAGCAAGACAACCAGUGGAAGAGAGAGUAAAAAUAAACCAAAGGGUAAUAGAAGAGAGAGAGCAUCAAUAAUUAGAAGGACUCCAGCUGAGAAACCAGCUUUUAUAAGCCAAGAAAACGAGGUUAAAGUUAAAGAACAGGGUAGAAAUGAGAGUGCCUUUGUUCUAGCUUGGUUAGGACUUGGUGGGAUCAUUCUUGUUGAAGGCAUUCUGCUUGCUUCUUCAGGCUUCCUGCCAGAAGAAUGGGAUAAAUUUUUUGUGAAGUAUCUAUACCCAUCUUUCACGCCUACAGUUGGCUUGUUUGUCGCUGGAACUGUUGCGUAUGGAGUUUUGAAGUACCUGCAGAAUGAGAAUCUUAAAGACCAAAAAUGAUUUUGUGAAUACAAACUAAUCUCCAUAUUGUAUGAGGAGCAAUCUACCUAUUAUGGGUGAUUGUUAUAUGUUGUUUCUUUAGGCUGUAUUUUGAUGUAUUUUAAUGAGUUGAUGAAGAUACAUCGAAUAAGAUAAAAUCUUAUCUUUCUGCAAAGGAAUGAUAGCCACCUGCAGUAGAUUAUCUGAGUUCUGCUGCAUGUCGUAUUCUUCUGCUCAUCAUACUGUCUAGCGUUCGGCUUCUGUGAUCUAGAUAACAGGGUGAGGUGCAAUCAGUUAUUGCUCUCUCUGUGUAAGUUAAGUUGAAAUUUGAGAC